AUGGCCGGAGUUAAUCCGAACGGUGUCGCCGAUUUUCCGGCGGUUCAGACACACGGUGGACAGUUUAUUCAGUACAACAUAUUCGGCAACCACUUCGAGGUUACGACGAAGUACCGUCCUCCGAUCAUGCCUAUUGGCCGCGGCGCGUACGGAAUCGUUUGCUCGCUGUUGAAUACGGAGACGAAUGAGCUGGUGGCUGUUAAGAAGAUAGCGAACGCUUUUGAUAACCACAUGGACGCUAAGCGAACGCUCCGUGAGAUUAAGCUUCUUAAACAUUUGGAUCAUGAAAAUGUAAUUGGUUUGAGAGAUGUUAUUCCUCCACCAUUACGUAGAGAGUUUAAUGAUGUGUACAUAGCCACUGAACUCAUGGAUACCGAUCUUCAUCAUAUCAUUCGCUCCAAUCAAAGUCUGUCGGAGGAGCACUGCCAAUACUUCUUGUAUCAGAUUCUUCGUGGGCUAAAAUACAUACAUUCUGCAAACAUAAUUCAUAGAGAUUUAAAACCGAGCAACCUGUUGCUAAAUUCUAAUUGCGACUUAAAGAUCAUUGAUUUUGGUCUUGCGCGACCAACUUUGGAAAGUGACUUCAUGACAGAAUACGUAGUCACAAGAUGGUACAGGGCGCCCGAAUUGUUGUUGAACUCCUCAGAUUACACCUCUGCGAUAGAUGUCUGGUCUGUUGGUUGCAUCUUCAUGGAGCUUAUGAAUAAAAAGCCUCUGUUUCCAGGCAAAGACCAUGUGCAUCAGAUGCGCCUAUUGACAGAGCUUCUUGGCACCCCAACUGAGGCUGACCUAGGGUUAGUGAAAAACGAAGAUGCGAGAAGAUAUAUCAGACAACUUCCUCAAUAUCCUCGCCAACCUUUAGCUCAGGUGUUCCCCCAUGUUCAUCCUGCAGCCAUUGAUCUUGUUGAUAAAAUGUUGACCAUUGAUCCCACCAAAAGAAUUACAGUUGAAGAAGCACUAGCCCAUCCAUACCUUGAAAAACUGCAUGAUGUAGCUGAUGAACCAAUCUGCAUGGAGCCAUUCUCAUUUGAGUUUGAGCAACAGCAAUUGGAUGAAGAACAAAUAAAAGAGAUGAUCUACAGGGAAGCAUUAGCACUCAAUCCUGAGUAUGCUUAA